GUUCCAGUCUUGUUUGUGAAGCAGCGUCUGUGAAGGACAGAUCAGUAGAGCGGAGGAACGUUCAAUCAUGUCUUACACCGCCGGCUCUUACGUGGACAAAUCCUACCUGGCCAAAUCAUACGGGGGCAGCGUGUACACGGGCUACACAGAUGCGAAGGACCCAAAGGAGGCUUACAAGGACCAGCUGAAGCUGGAGAAGAGGAAGAGGAGGGACGCCAUCUGCUGCGAGUUGGUGGCUCUGGUCAUCGGCUUCAUCGGCCUGAUCGGCGUCGCCUCCGUCACGGGCCUCCCCAUGUGGAAGGUGACGGCGUUCAUUGAGGAGAACAUCAUCGUCAUGGAGACGCGUUGGGAGGGAUUGUGGAUGAACUGCUACAGGCAAGCCAACAUCCGCAUGCAGUGUAAAGUCUACGAUUCUUUGCUGUACCUUCCGGCCGACCUGCAGGCCGCCAGGGGUCUCAUGUGCGCCUCCGUGGCUCUGACCACCAUCGCCUGCAUCGUGUCGUCCAUAGGGAUGCGCUGCACGCGACUCGUGGACUCUCGUCCUAGGACCAAGCACAUCGUCCUGGUGAGCGGAGGCUGCUUGUUUCUGGCCGGCUGCUUGACCACGAUCGUCCCCGUCUCUUGGACGGCUCACAUGAUCAUUCGGGACUUCUACAACCCGCUGUUGAUCGACGCCCAGCGCAGGGAGCUCGGGGAGGCCUUGUAUAUCGGCUGGGUCACUUCUGCUUUGCUCUUCUGCGCCGGAGUGAUUCUUCUCUGUCGACACGCUCCGCGGACCCAGGACAAAGAGGACAUGGCGUCUGUGCUGUAUCGGGCCAGAUCAGCCCAGUAUAACAACUCAUACAGGCCUGGAUACACAUAUCAACCUGCAUACGCUGGAUACAACUAUCAGCCCACGUAUUCUCCAGUCCCACCGACGGUCUAUAACCCUCCACGAUACUGAGACUGAACGAGAAUAUGGUGGAUUAUACAUCAAGCCUGAUGAAUGAGAAUUGUGUUUUAUUGUUGGGUAUCUGUGCAACUGUUUCUGUGAACUGUAGAUUUGAAUUUCUCUCUCUGCUGUAUAAUCACGAGGUUCAGACCUGUCUGUAUUUAAAAAGCUGUACAAAAAAAAUAAGAGACAUUUUUUAUUAAUGUGGGAUAUUUCCACAUGACAUUUAACUGUGUGAUGGAAGAACUGUUGGCUUUGUUACAUAAUUGUAAUUUUUUUGUUUGAAUGUUUUUAACGUGUACGUUUUCUAAAGCACUAAUCUAACUUUAAUCUAAUGUAAAAAAGAAUAAACUUGUAUUGUGGAUAGUUUAGUUUCUGGUGUGAAUUCACAGUUGUACUCUGUCUCUACAUUUUUUCUUCCUAAACAUCGUUCUGCUUGGUUCUCAGGUGUGUUUUGCUGGCACUGGUAGAACCAGCUGUGUUAGUUUCAGGAUUUUUGUCUUUGUUGCGUUGCAGAAUGAUCAUGUGUGUUUGUCUUUUGUUGUCAGAGGAAAUGUUCCAGACAGAAAAACUGUCACACCCCCAAUGCAAAUUUACCAAACGACAUCAGAGACGACAUCAGUAACUUUAAGAGACAGAGAGGAAUAUUAAAUUAUAAUCUAAACGCACAUAAUUUUCACCAAUUUUCAGAUCCGCUGACUAAAGAGCUUAAAACAGAUCUCUAUUUCUAGCAUUCAUGACUGCAAUUGCAGCCAAUAUUUGACAUGUUCUGAAUCGUUGUGAGUGAUGCUUGCCUUCCAGAGAAAAUGUUAUUACUCAUAGCUCAGGAGAUUUCUCAGUUGUGUUUCAUUUAAAUAUCAAUUUAGUCUCCGAUGUUUCUAAAAUUACUGAAACAAAUGUGCCAAUUGCGAAAACACAUGAAGAGUAUGGAGGGGUAAAAUGAAUGUCGAUUGUAGAGGGAAAAUAAUCUGGAUUUGAGUAAAUUUGAUGAGAAAUGUUCAUAUUGAGAUCUUGAAUUAUCUUGACCUUUGAUUGCAGAUUUGACAAAUCUGAGCUCAGUUUGAGACAUUGUUGAGAUCUCUUCUGAAACUCUAACGACAGAGACAUUUGUGAGAAUUCUGGGUCUUUUUCUUAGCCGAUGCAAAUGAGACCUAAGCAAAAGUUUCAAUUUUCUCACUUUUUACUCAUUGAUGUAAGGGUGAAAUGAUUGAGAUAUUAAAGAGAUCUCAUCUUUGAUGCUUCAUUCUUAUGGGCUGUGCUGAUAUUGCCUACUUAUUGCACGGCUCGUUGGAAUGCUUGAUUCUGAUUGGCCAGAUUGGACAUUUGCAGGUUUGUUAUUCCCAGAUAACAACCGCUCAAAACUAAUAACACACGGUUGACAGGUUUUUUGACAAAUGAAAUAUAAAUAUGUAUUUUAAUAACAUAUAUGACAUUAUAUUUACAAAUGAUUAAACCAAAUUGCCUGUUCGUGACAUUUGAACAUUGUGUCUUACCUUAAAACCGAAAGUAAACGGCUUCUUCCUCGCGGAAGGGUCUGCAUUCGGUAAAAAUGAGCUAAUAAAAUAUUU